AUGGUUCUGCCCCCUGGCCUUGUCAUCACAGAUCCUUCUGUUGGAUCUGGACAGCUUGUGUGUAAAUUGAAAAAAUCUCUAUACGGCCUCAAGCAGGCCUCAAGACAGUGGUACAUGAAAUUUUCUCAAGUCCUAUCUGGUUUUGGUUUGCUCCAAUCAUCCUCUGACCAUUCCUAUUUCUAUAAAUAUUUUGAUGAUGGGAAUUUCUUUGGAGUUGUCAUUUAUGUGGAUGAUAUUUUAGUGGCUAGCAGUCAUGAAGGAAUGAUAAAUCAGUUCAAGGACUUCAUUGAUGGUCACUUCAAAUUCAAAGAUUUGGGCACACCCAAAUAUUUUCUUGGCAUUGAGAUUGCUAGGAAUGACUCUGGAAUCUUCAUCUGUCAACACAAGUAUGCUCUAGACUUGGUAACUGAUGCUGGUUUGUUAGGCUCUAAGCCAGCUUUUACCCCUAUGGAUUCAACAAGAUCACUAGCCGUGGAUGCAGGGGAGCCUAUAGCUGACCCAACUAUAUACAGAAGAUUGAUUGGGAGGCUUUUGUAUCUCUGCAUAACAAGGUCCGACAUCACAUUUGCAGUCAACAAACUGAGCCAGUUUCUUUCUAAACCGUGCUCUAAUCACUGGGCAGCUGGUGAGAGAGUUUUGAAGUACCUAAAAGGCACUAUUGGCCAUGGCUUAUUUUACUCAACAAAGUCUUCGCCAUCUUUAAGCAUCUUCUCUGAUGCGGAUUGGGCAGCUUGCCCCGGCACUAGGAGAUCCAUCUCAGGCUUCGCCUUGUUUCUAGGCACCUCACUAAUCUCUUGGCGAUCAAUGAAGCAACAUACUGUCUCUAGAUCUUCGGCUGAGGCUGAGUAUAGGGCAAUGGCACUUGCUUGCUGUGAAGUUGUAUGGAUUGUGGCUUUGCUCAAGGACUUUGGUCUUCAAGUGCAUCAACUGGUGCCUCUAUAUUGUGACAGCGAAGCUGCUGUUCACGUCAGCUCGAACCCAGUUUUUCACGAGCGCACCAAACAUGUAGAGAUCGACUGCCACACUGUUCGUGACAAAAUUCUUGAAGGGGUCAUCAAAACUGUCCAUGUUCAUAAUUCUCACCAACUCGCUGACAUCUUCACCAAACCGCUGGCCACCACUCCAUUUCAGACGUUACUUUUCAAGAUUGAUUUCACUACAGUAUACAGUCCAUCUUGA